AAAGAAAUGAGCGUUAUGGCUGUAGCUGAAAACGAAGCUGUUGGCCAGUAUGUUACUUUUUUACAAGCUGAAGAUGCUGAUGGAGACAGAUUGUGGUAUUCCAUUGUGGAUGGCAACACUGAUGAUGCUUUUAUGAUCGAGCCUCUCAGUGGAACUGUGUCUGUUGCUCGUCAUCUUGAUUGGGAAAAGAAAGCAAGCUAUAAUUUAAAUAUUAGUAUCACUGAUGGGAUAUAUGUAGUCUACCAGCAACUUCCAAUUAAAGUAAUCGAUGUGAAUGAUCAUAGACCAGUUUUCACUAAAGAUAUAUACUCUAUUGAAAUUAGUGAAAAUGAACCAGUUGGAAGUGCUAUUCUAAAGCUUGAAGCUUCUGAUGUUGAUGAGUUGGACAAAAGCCUUUUCUACUCAAUUUACAACAGUGCUAAUCCUCAAAGUCUGAAACUUUUUCAAAUUAAUGCUUUUUCUGGAAAACUAUCAGUUUCUCGACCACUGGAUCACGAAUCUAUGAUAGAGCAUUUAUUGACUGUUAUGGUUCGAGAUAAUGGCACUCCAGCACAGCGUAGCUUUGCAAGAGUGAAAAUUAAGGUUUAUGAUGAAAAUGACCAUCAUCCUGAAUUCUUAGUUCCCUCAUUUGAAAGCCAAGUUUAUGAAACUGCUGCUCUUGGUACUUCAGUUGUGAGAGUUCUGGCUGUUGACAAAGACAAAGGGAAAAAUGCUGAAUUGCAGUUCAACAUUGCAUCAGGCAACAUUGGCAAUGCAUUUUUUAUCAAUCCACAACUUGGUACGAUUUUGAUUGCCAAACAACUCAACAGACAAGUUAUGCCUGAGUACUUUUUGUUUGUUAGAGCGUCAGAUAAAGGUGUUCCUUCCCUAAAUGCCACUGUUAGUGUUCAUAUUAUUAUCACGGUUGCAAACAAUGCUCCUCCGAAGUUUGAACAUAAGGACUAUGUUGUUGAAAUAUACGAAAAUGAGAAGCCGGGAAAAACUCUCACUAGUAUCAUUGCCACCAGUCGUUCAUCUGUAUAUUACGAAAUAAUUGGUGGGAAUACUGAAGAACGAUUUAUUAUCAACCCCACAUCAGGAAUUUUGAGGACAAAUUCUGUACUAGAUUUUGAAGCAGCUAAUUUUUACAAUUUAAGUAUAAGGGCGACUAAUAUGGUUGGUGCUAAUAGUACAACUUCUGUGCUUGUGCAUAUAUUAGAUAGAAACGAUAAUGCUCCUGUGUUUCAUCAAAAAGUAUACGAAGGACAGGUCAUUGAGUCUGAUAAAGCAAGGAGCAUGGUUUUAGUUGAUGGGCUCAAGCCACUCGUCAUAUCAGCGUAUGACAAUGAUUCUGGAAUUAAUUCUGUGCUUCAUUACAAAAUUGUGGAGAAAUCUGCAUCUGCCUUUUUCACAAUUGAUCCAAAUACAGGUGCUAUUAAGACUGCAGCAACUUUUGAUCAUGAAAGAAAGUCUUCAUUUUCAUUUAGUGUUCAAGUAUGGGAUAUGGGUAAACCUCAUCUUAAUGCUGAAAUGCCUGCCAAAGUUCAUAUAUCUGUGAUAGACGUUAAUGACUGCCCACCCCAAUUCGGGGAGCCCUACUACACUGCCAUCCUCUUAUUGCCAACCUAUAAAGGAGUUCAUGUGAUAAAUAUCAUUGCAACAGAUGCAGACUCAUUCAGUAAUGUACACUACACCAUAGUCUCUGGUAACAUAGAAAGGAAGUUCAUAAUCAAUGACACCACAGGAGAUAUCACUGUGAGAAACCCUGAUGGCCUUUCCAGGAAGUACAGUCUUGUCAUUGCGGCUUCAGAUGGGGAAUUUGAAACAAGCACAAAAGUUGUCAUUAAAGUACAGGAGAGCCAACAGAGUGGCUUGCAAUUUAGUGAAGAUAAAUAUGUUGCUAAAAUACAGGAGAACUCAACGGAAGUCAGUACGGUUGCUAUUGUGACGCCACUUGGUACUGCUCUAGAUGAGCAUUUAACAUUCCAUAUUUUGAAUCCUACUCUUAUGUUUAAAAUUGGGGAAACAACUGGAGUUAUUCGCACCACUGGGCGCCUGUUUGAUCGUGAAGCUCAGAGCUUUUACACACUAGUUAUUGAAGUGAGGAAUGAUGCAAGAGAAAUUUCUAAAUAUGCUCAUGUUUUAGUUGAAGUGUCAAUAGUCGAUAUUAAUGACAAUGCUCCUUUUUUCAUUGGUCUUCCUUAUUAUGCAGUUGUUCCUAUAGAUUCUGCUGUACAUUACUCAGUUUUUCAGGUGAAAGCAAUGGAUUAUGAUUCAGGUCUUAAUGGAGAAAUUGUUUUUGAAAUUAUUGAAGGUGAAAAAAGAACAUUUCGAAUUGAUCAUAAAACUGGUGAAAUUUUUUUAAAGGAAAUUUUAACUGCUACCAGAUACGAUCUUCUCAUUGAAGCUAGAGAUAAUGGUAUUUUUUAUGCUGUGGAGGACCUGGAUUUUGAAACAACUCCAAAAUACCAACUAACUUUGAGAGCAACAGAUGCUGUCAGUGGAAUAUAUUCUGACGUUAGGGUUGUAAUCAAUGUUGAAGAUGUCAAUGACAAUCCUCCUAUGUUCACACAACCAUUGUACAACACAACUGUCUCCGAAGCAGCUCCUUUUGGUGCUUCAGUAUUACAAAUUAAGGCAACAGAUCGGGAUACCGUAGCUUCUCAGCACGUUCAGUACCAUAUUGUUGGAAAUGCAACAUCCCAUUUCCAGAUUGAUCCCACAGAUGGUACUAUCUACAUAAAACAACCUCUGGAUCAUGAAAUUCAACGAGAACAUCAUUUUACAGUUAUGGCUACUGAUGGAGGACAUCCAAUUUUAAGUUCCACUGCUCAUGUUUGGAUCGGAGUGAUUGAUAUGAAUGACAAUCCUCCUGAAUUUGAUCAUCGAUAUUAUAAGUGCACUGUUAACCAAGAGGUUAAAAGAGGGCAGUUUAUUACAAUGGUUAUGGCUUCCGAUCCUGAUGCAUCUGACGAAUCAAAAUUGGAGUAUACUAUAAUUGAUGGCAAUGAAAUGCAAUCGUUUUCAAUCAAUCGCCAUACAGGAAUAAUUAACUUAUCCAACCUACAUCAAUUCAACUUUGAAAAAAGUUAUAUUUUGAACGUAUCAGUGACAGAUGGAGUUCAUUCAUCAUAUGCUAGUGUGUAUGUCAGCAUUCAAGGUGCCAACAAUCAUUCCCCACAUUUAUCACACAAUAUCUAUCCUGUUGCUUUACCGGAAAAUGCCCCUGCUGGAAAAGUUAUUGCAACGAUUUCUGCAACUGAUAAAGACAUUGGAAAUUAUGGUCAAUUCACUUACAGCAUCGAAAGCAAAGAAUUUAGGAAAUUUUUUAAAAUUAAUUCUGAAACUGGUGAACUCUUCACCAAGACUCCCCUUGACCGUGAAGAGCGCAAUUUAUAUGAAAUUACAGUUUCUGCCUCAGACGCCGGUGGACGAUGUGGUUUUGCUGUUGUUAGAGUUACAAUCACUGAUGAAAACGAUAAUGUCCCUCAGUUUUCUGUAUCUGAAUAUACUGCCACUAUUCCUGUUAAUAUGACCGUUGGAACAACUAUUUUAAAAAUACAUGCCAUUGAUAGCGAUGACAGCUUUUCAGCUGUGAUCGAUUACUCCUUAUACAAAUCCAAUAACAGCAAAAUCUCUGAGUUAUUUGGCAUCACACAUGACACAGGAGAAGUUUAUUUAAGAAAAGCUGCUACUGGUCAUGAAAAUUAUGGUUACCAAUUUUUCAUUCUUGCUAAAGACCAUGGAGUACCCUCUUUGGAAACAGUUGUUCCUGUCAAUGCUAUUUUUAUUAGUCCCAAGGAAGAUUAUCCAAAAUUUGAACAUUUUAAGUAUGACUUUUUUAUUCCUGAAAAUUCUCCUAUUGGUACAGUCAUUGCUCAUGUCAAUGCUUCUUGUACAAGACCCAUGAGGUAUUCCUUUACGGUUGCAGCCAAAGGAUCAAAUGCUGAAUUAUACCUGUCAAUGUUUAGCAUCGAUAAAUAUGGCAACAUAACCUUGCUAUCAGAAAUUGACAGGGAAGUGCAAGCUGUUUAUAAUCUGAAUGUGAGAGCUUCAACUACUGAUCUACCUAUUCGUACUUCAUGUGUAGAUAUUUCCAUAAUAGUUGUAGACGUUAAUGACAAUGAUCCCAAAUUUGAGUCGGAUAUCUAUAGUGCAUCUAUAGCUGAAAAUAUAGAACCUGGUGCUACCAUUUUGAAAGUAUCUGCAACAGAUCCUGAUAGCAGUGAAGUUUUGUCAUAUCAUUUUGGACCAGAAGCCGACUAUGUGGCCAACAUUUUUCAGUUGGAUACUGUCAAUGGAUGGCUGUCUACCAUGGUCUCCUUAGAUCGGGAAGAAACAUCGUUUUAUAAUUUUUCUGUAGUUGUUUUUGAUGACCGGGCGCCACCUCGCCGAAUGGCAACAGCUUGGGUUAGCGUCAAGCUGAGAGAUUACAAUGACAACCCCCCAGUGUUCCAAUCCAAGCAUUAUAAUGGAGAAGUUCAGGAAGAUGCUCCCAGUGGUACAGUUGUAGUGAGUCUGAUGAUUGAAGACAAAGACGAAGAAAAAAAUGAUGUUGAUUUUUACAUCAUAAAUGGAGAUUCACGGGGCCACUUUAAGAUUAUUAAGUCUGGGAAACUUGUAGUUCAGAAAGCAUUGGAUCGAGAAGUAAUUGCCAACUAUGAAUUGACUGUUUUGGUAACAGAUGGAAAAUUUGUGUCUGAAACAAUAGUGUCUAUUGUUGUUGAAGAUGUUAAUGACAACCCUCCUAUUUGCUUAAAGACAAAGUAUACAGAAAUGGUCUCUGAGAAUAUUCCAAUGCAGACUUACAUUCUUAAGGUUGAAGCAACAGAUGCUGAUAAUUAUGCAAAUUCUAGGCUUUAUUUCUACCUAACAGGCGAAGGUCAUCAGGAUUUUUCCAUUGACCCUGUCACAGGUCACUUAAAAACAGCUCACUUAAUUGAUCGUGAAACAAGAUCUCGGUAUGUGCUGGAAGCUCAUGUGCAAGAUGAAGGACGUUCAGAAUGGGAAUGCACCAGCGUUAUUGAAGUUCUUUUGAGUGAUGUAAAUGAUAAUGCCCCAGAAUUUUCUCAGGAGCUGUAUUCUGUUGACAUUCCUGAAGAUUCAGAUGUUGGUACUUUGAUUACUAAAGUUCAUGCGACUGAUAAAGAUAUUGGUACAAAUAGAAUGAUAAGCUACUUUUUGAUUGAAUCAGCUCGCAGCCAUUUUAGAAUUGAUGAAACAACAGGAAUAGUGAGCUUAAAUAAGCCGGUUGAUCGUGAAGAAGUAGCAAUGUACAAUUUGACUGUACAAGCUAGCGAUCAUGGAAUCCCACGAUUAUCUACUCUUUGCACACUGCUUGUACUUCUACAAGAUGUGAAUGAUAAUCCGCCAGAGUUUACUUCUAAAUUCUAUUUUGCUGUUAUUCCUGAAACAGCUGCUGUUGGUUCUGAGAUUUUAAAACUUACUGCUACAAGUCGAGAUAGUGGAGUCAAUGCUGAAAUUACUUACAGUAUUAUACAGUCCCCUAAAUCAAAAGUAUUUGCAAUUCAUCCAAAAUUAGGCAUGCUAACAAUUUCUUCUUCCCUGGAUUAUGAAACAGUUCAUAACUACUACAUUUUAGUAAAAGCAGUGGAUAGUGGCACACCACCUCUUAGUGCAGAAGUUGGAGUUAAUAUCACGAUCACUGAUACAAAUGAUAAUGCACCAAUAUUUUCUCAACAAUAUUACAAUGCUGUGAUACGAGAAGAUGCCUUAGUAGCAGAUAAAAUAAUUCAAGUGCUUGCAUCUGAUAUUGAUAGCCCUCCAAAUGCUAGAGUGAGAUAUUCUAUUUGUGGAGGUGAUAGAUUUGGCCAGUUCAUAAUUGAUCCAGAAAUGGGAUACAUUUCCUUAGCUUCCAGUUUGGACCGAGAAAAGGUUUCAAAUUAUGUUCUUGAAGUUUGUGCUGUAGAUAGUGGUAAACCUCCUUUAUCCAGUUCUGCUUUCAUAAACAUAGAAGUUUCAGAUAUUAAUGAUAAUCCUCCACAUUUUUCAGAAGACAAUUAUACUGCUAUCGUUCAAGAAGGGAAACCACUUGGCUUCACUGUUCUCAAGUUCACUGUUACAGAUCAAGACGCCCCUCCGAACACUGGUCCUUUUAUUUUCGACAUUUUAUCAGGCAAUGAAGACAAUGCAUUCCGAGUAGUGCAGCAAGAUGCAACUCUUCGCACUGCAAGCAAAUUCGAUGUUAGAAACCAGAGUGAAUUUUCACUUCAAGUUAGAGUUGCUGAUGGUGGAAGUCCUCCCUUAUACAGUGACACAUGGGUGAAUAUAAUUGUUAUAGAAGAAAGUCGUUAUCCCCCUGUUGUUACUCCUUUGGAUGUUACUGUAAGUUCCUAUCUUGAUGAAUUUCCUGGCGGUGUUAUGGGCAGAAUUCAUGCCAUUGAUCAAGAUCCUUAUGACAAAUUGAUUUAUGAUAUAGUCUCUCCGCACCAGAACUUAUUUACUAUUGAUCGUGAAGAUGGAACCAUCGUUUCCUUGCCUGGGUUAGACGUUGGAUCAUAUGAGGUCAAUGUGAGUGUAACUGAUGGCAAAUUUACAACUUACACUACGGUUUCUGUUGAUGUGAAUAUGAUUACUGCAGAUGCAGUUAAGAGUAGUGUUGCUGUAAGACUGGAUGAUGUAACACCAGAGGAUUUCCUUUUGACGUAUAAAAAGGGCUUUCUUCGAGGGCUACGAAAUGUUUUGAAUGUUAGAAUGAAGGAUGUUGAAAUCAUUAGCUUGCAGCCUGUAUUGCCAGAAAAGAAUCGUCGGCAGCGUAGUGCCCAACAAGAUUUAGAUAUUGUAUUUGCUGUUCAUGCUGGUCCCAGUGGAUUUCAUCCUGCAGAUCUUGUGCGAACAAAAAUUAAAGAGAAGAAAGAAACUUUGGAAGCCAAUGUUGGUUUAAAAGUAGUAAAAGUCAUGGAAAAUCGCUGCACGAAAGAUCGAUGCAUAAAUGGGGAAUGUGUUGAUCUCAUUGUUCUUGAUAAAACUUUUGCUAUCAGCAUAACAACUGAUGCAAUGAGUUACGUUUGUCCACAACAUUAUCGGAAAUUGGAGUGUGCCUGUGAGCCUGGUUUUGGAGGUCCUCAAUGUGAACUUGAAGUCAAUGAAUGUUCUCGAAGGCCAUGUCCAUCUUAUCGAGUUUGUCAUCCUGAGACUACAGUAUUAGGUUACAUUUGCAGGUGCCCUGAAGGUAAAACAGGAUCAAUAUGUGAUAGAAACAAAGGCACUUCAUGCAAAGGUCCAGAUUGCUAUGAUGAAAAAACGCCAGUAUCAUUCAAAGGCCAAAGCUAUAUGUCAUAUGUAUUAAACAAGCCAGUUGAUCAUCAUAUGAGUUUAGUAAUGCAAUUUCGAACAAAACAAGCUACAGGAAAUUUACUUUAUGCUACUGGUGUUCGUGAUCAUUUUAUAUUGGAGAUUGUAAAUGGAUUGAUUCAGUACAGAUUUGAUUGUGGCAGUGGUGAAGGAAAACUUCGCAUUGAGCAGUUCAAGGUAAAUGAUGGUCUCUGGCAUGAAGUAAGAGUUGAACGCCGUGGCAAAAGUGCUGAGCUUUUGCUAGACAAUCGGCUCAGAGCUGUUGGGAAAUCCCAUGGAACGCAUGAAGUAUUGAACUUGGAUGGAAAUGACAUCUAUUUUGGUGCUGAAGUUAGAACAAAUUUGGAGGCUUUGAAUUUUGAAGACAUAAAAUUGGGAUUCAUUGGCUGCAUGGACGACAUUCAGAUUGAUGGAAUUCCCUUACCGUUGCAUAUUAGUGGGAACACAGCAAUUGCAACAAUGAACAGAUUCAAGCAAGUAGAUCUUCAUUGUGGUGUCCUUUUAGAUUUAGGAGUAUGCAGCAGCCAGCCAUGUCUUAAUGGUGGCAACUGCAGCCCUACAAAAUCUGCUUUUUCUUGCCAGUGUUCAUCUCGUUAUCAAGGCAGCUUCUGUGAAAUUGAUUUAGAUCCUUGUGCCUCAAAUCCUUGUCUGAAUGGUGGCAUGUGUCAUAACAUUGAUCAUAAAUUCAUUUGCACUUGUAGCCCUGGCAUAAGUGGAACAAGAUGUGAAUAUGGUCGUUACUGCAAGCCUAGUCCAUGCCAUAAUGGAGGCAUCUGUGAAGAAGGUACAUUCGGCCCCAUAUGCAAAUGCCAGGGUUACCACGGAGAGCUUUGCCAGUAUGAUAUAGAUGAAUGUCAAACGGUUCCUUGUACUGCUGGCGCUACUUGUAUCAAUCUCCAGGGCAACUUUAAGUGUCACUGCCCCCCUAACAUGACUGGAUUUUUGUGCAAUGAGCAUCUGUUCACUACUUCCAUAACAUCAUCUAGCUGGAACACAACUGUUGAAGAAAUAGUUGGCAUUUCUCUUGUAGUUGUUUUCAUCCUCCUGCUAGCAAUGGUUUUAGUAUGCUGCUGGCGCUAUCGGCACAAGCGACAGCAACUUCGACCAAACAAUGAGGUGCUGGAUGCUGCUACGAAUGAGUAUCUUCUGAAGAAUUCUGUGUUUGAGAAGGACAAUUUAAACCGAAUAGGGAAGAUAAGCAAUUUGGAAGUGACUAGUUUUACCACUCCCCCUUUGCCACCGAGGCCUGCUUCAUACACACCCAGUACACAUGACUCGGUUAAUGCUCUCAACAAUUUUGAUACAGUUCGUAGUUAUGGAAGCGCUGCUGAUGACUUAGAAAACUUUCCAAGACAAGGCAAUGAUUAUGUUCAAAACAUAAGUAAGCCAUCUAUAGCUGGUGUGAUUCCUGCUUUGGUGCCGCCACCUCCGUCCAGUUCUGACAACGAUUCUGUUCAAAAAGGAAAUUGGGAGAAAGAUCAUCUUAAGUCGAAGAGUAAAUUAUAUGAGAACAAAGUUCCAAAAGAUCUUCAUCUUCGUAAAGCUGGUGACGUUCCUGAUUUAAAUACUAUUCCUGCUCCAGUUGUGCCAUCUCGAGGUCCGUCCAGCCGCGGUGUGCCUUCUGUAUUAAGCCUUAACUCUGUAGAUGACAUGCCAGCAACCGAGAAAUCAGGUGAGAGAAGAAAUCCCUCGGAAGGUUACAUAUGGGACUGUUCCGACUGGGCCAUGGCAUCUCAGAAACCGCUUUCCAAUAUAGUAGAAGUCUCUACCAAAGAAGUCCGAGACUCCUCUAGUGUCCCCAGCACAGAAUCCAAUAGUCGUGCCAGCCAAAUAGAACUACUUCCCAAGGAAGGAGACAUUGCCAAUCUAGGUCACACAAAAUUGCCCAACCACCAAUCAAGUAGUGAUGAUUUUGAGAGACCAGAGUCUGAAUACGUUGGAGAUUCCGAAAACAAUGACAACGAUUUCGACGACUCGUCCAUCCCAGUGCCAAACUUCGAGAACAUCCUAGGUAUGACAGACCUGGAAUUUGCGGAUGAUGGUAACGAUAGUCUUCCUGCCUCUCCCCACAAGUACCAGCGCCAUCCCAACUCUUACCUCCCUACUCACGCAACCAGCACAGCCAAUACAAGCCCUGAUCACACUUGGAACAAUGACCAGCGCCAAAUUUCUGAUCUCUCUGAUGAUGAAGUUAUGACUUACGGUUUUCCACCUCAGGGAGGACGUGGUUUCCAUGUUCCGGUUGAUGUCUCUGCCCUGGACUCCAUGUCCAUGUCAGUGGGCGGCUACACAUCAACCAAUGCCUCGUUUUCUGAUAUUUCCGGUGCUGUCUGUGAAAUUGAUGAUAGUGAAACAAACUGCAGUGAUGUGGACUAUGAGUCUGUUAACAUUAAACCUUCUGCAUUUCCUCAGGACAGGUUUUGCUCUACUCACUUAUAG